UGGCGGGUGGUUGCGACGGACGCCUUUAAUUGUAAUUCUGUGGCAGUUUUCUUUUGUAUUUCUGUAAAUAGUGGAAAAUCGUUAAAUUUCUAUAGUUACAAGAAUGAUUUUAAGUUUUUGAGACCACAAAACAUUGCAAUAACGGGAUAAAGGCAGCAUUAAAGUAACCGAGGUAAGUUGAUAUCUUCAUGGCUCGUACAAAGCUCUAAUGUGCAUUUGUUGGUAAUGAACUCCACUUAAUUAGGAGUGUUUUGCUCAAACAAGGCGCUAGAUUUACCACAGAUUACUUUAAUAGGACGAUAGUUAUUUAAGUUAACUUAACCUUCUGUGAGACUUACUUUACAGCAGAAUAGUAGAAAACAUCUUUAACAGCUUGAAUGUUGCUAAGUUCCAUCGCAGUCGUGCCUAAGAGAUCACUUUACUUCAGCCCGCUAAGUCAACAACAAUGUUUUGGUGAAUUUAUUUUAUGUUAGCAAGUACUUGAAUGCUUUGUUUUCAAGCCAGAGCUGUUAAAGUGUCAAUGCAGAACUGGUGGUCUUUGUUUAGAAAGAGAGCGUUUGAAACUUAUAUGGAACCCAUUAUGAAACGUGACGCAAAAAAUGGAGUUGUUUGACAGGAAUUAUCAGCUAGCGUAACGUUUUAAUGGACAUUAAUUUUUGUUUGGUUGUUUGUAACUUUAACUUAAAACCUCUCCUUUACCUUCUGAAAUUUUGUAGAAUUAGUUCGUCACUAAAAGUAAACCAGAGAAAGAUGUCUUUCGUCUUGUCACCAGCGUGGUUGACUAGUUUUUGGAGUACCAAGGCCUGUAUUCAUACAUUCAGGCAUUUGACUUUGAUAUAUCUACCUGAAGAGUUACGAUUGGUUUUUAUUAAAAGACAUUUCUACCGAUACAAGUUCAGUGAUACUGCUUACAAACAAGUCAUAACAACAAAUGAAUUGAUAAAAAAAAAAAAAAUACUGCUUAUCUGCUGAUGUUUCAAUCCCAAGGGUUGAUAUAGGGAUGAGGAAGAUUUGCUCAUUGUUUUAUUUAAUUGUUGAACUCACAAUUACUUACUAUGUUGGUACAACUGAUAUAUUGUGGCUGGCUAGUAAAACAAGGUUUAGAAAUAAAAACAUUAGCUCCAGUUUUCAGCCAACUUUUUAACCUCUAGAAAACCAUGAGAUAGUGAUAUAAAACUCUUUUUCAACUUAGGCUUCUUGUCCACAUAUAAUACAUUUCCAGUGCAGUCUAGCAGUCUCAAGUUCCUUUUAGAGUCAAACUUGAGACUGGCCCCAAAGAACUUAUCCACAAUUAGAUUAUCAGUUUGAGAUUACUAAAUUGCAUGACUGUUCAUGAGAGUGGAGCCUAAAUUGAACUCUCCCACAAGAACUGUGAGCAAAUCUAAUUAUUUUAGUAUAAAUCUACUUAUCAAUCAAAACUUAACAACAAGACAGGCUCAUGUUCUAUUUUGUUCAAAUCACAAAAUGUCAGGAUAAUUACCUUUUCUCACUCUGUAUUACAAUUAGAUAAUGAGUGGGGUAAGCCAUCAUCAGAUUUAUAGAACCCUAGUGGAUUUUUUUAUUACUAAAUCCAAAGGGCAUGACUCCUAUGUUUAUGGACAAAUUUUACAUCUUAUUUCAAUUAUUGUUUGUUUAGAAAUCAUCAUGGCAGGUCAGCAGACUGAAAUUCUUCAAAAACUGGAGAAAAUGGGAAACCUUGAAGCAGUUGUCACAGAGCAAAAGAUAAGAAUUGAGAAAUUGCGAACCACCUAUGAGACUUUGAAGGCUGAACACCUUCAGCUGCAAGAUGUGAGUUUUUGUAGGAGAGAUUUCUUGCAGUCACAGUACCAUCCAAUGCAAAUAGAUGUAGAAAAAUUAAGUUAAAAUACAUUUUGUGAUAGGUGUGAAAUUAACAACACUCAUGAGUAAUGCGUUUGUUUUAUAGAUGGAUGAAAGGAAAGAGCGAGAACUUGAAGAGGCCAGAGAAGAGAUUAAGAAAACCCAGGAACAAAGCCAAGAAGCUGUGCAAAGAAUGAGAGCAGAAAGAGAUGCUAAGAUACGCGAAUGUGAAGAGAUAAGAGCACAGGUCACCUAUGAUAAACUAUUAACAUUACUGCAUUUUCUUGAUCAAACUGGAAUCUGGUUAAAUGCCGCCCUCAUAUAAGUGUGGGGGUAAAACUGUUAGUUUAGAAAUUAAUUGAUUGCUUUGAUUCUGGGAAAUGACAAACUACAUGUACAUGUAAUUGUAUGAACGCUUUUAGCUGUUUAUAAUCUUUGUAAUUUCUAGUCAACUUGAUGAUGUUAUGAGGAAAAGAUUUGUAGCUGUUUCUCCAGCAACAUAGUUACUAAUACAUCCUAAAUAGGCAGUGAGAGCUAUUAUAGCCACUGAACUAGCCCAUCAUAAUUACACUUUUUAUGGUUAUAUCGACUUUAUAUCAGGUCAAUAAUGCAAAAACUGUACAAUUAUUAUUAUUGUUUGCAGGUUGUAACACCUCAAAGAAUGGAGCUGUUGAGGGUUAAGUUACGAGAAGAGGUAGAAGGGCCUUACAAAGAGGUAAAUAAAUUGUUUAUAUGGAAUUGUAUUUGAUGAACACACAUACCAUAUUCAACAGCUCCAGAAUAUACAUGUGCUGUAAAUGGGUUGAAAGCCUUUAAAGUUAGUUACUUAGUUAUGAGAGAUACUAAACAUCCUGCUUAUUUCCUUGAAGGUACAAAAUUAACUCUUCAGGCUGAAGUUUUGAGUGUUUAAAAAUUUGAGUUAUAUUUUCCUUAAUUUUUUAGAGAUAUGAAGCAAUGGAAAGUGAGAUGGAUAAAUACAGAAGGUUAGUUUUGCAUGCCACAUGAUUCCUCAAUGAUACAAGUACACUGUUACAAAACAGCUGUAUAAAACUGAAUGAAGUUGCUUUUGGCUAUGACUUUAGCAACUCUGCUGCAUAUCCUUGAAUGGAAGCUGAUGUAUCACAAUUUGUGAUAUUGUUUAUUGCAUUAUUAUAAUAAUUAAACUGAUUUUUCCUGGAUGAAAAUUAUUUUCAGUGAAAUGCAGAGUGUGAUAAUGGAAAGAAACAUCAUUAUAAUGAUUGCCAAAAAAGUAUGUAAUUAUGAUUAUGAACAAAUUAUAGCAUUUAUAUAUAUGAAGAAUACUAAUUGUUAUUUUUGUACUAACAGUGACUUCAACAAGUUGCGAUAUGAUUACUCCUUCUUGAAGUCUGAGUAUGAACAUGAACAGGUUGUUAGAUCUUUUUGUAGUUAACUCCUCAAAUUUAUUGAUUUAUGGUUCAAAAAUUGAGAUGCAUGUAAUGAAGCACACUUAUAGUGUGGAUAUACUGAAUAUCACUUUUAGUGCUAGUUUUAUUUUUGCAGUGUGUCAAAUAAAUAUUCAAUUUAUGGUCUCUUCAUUCUCUUUUAACUGAUUCUCAGGCCCAACACAAACAAAUUAUUGAUGAAAUGCAAGCCCACCAUGAUAUGGAGGUAAAAUAAUUGUUUAUCAAAAAGUUAUUUGUAAGUUUAUGUAGCAGUUCUUUUCAAGAGACUUCAUUGCCCUCAUAAAAAGUUUUACAUUCAGCUGUAACCAGUGAUGAUAAGGAUGAUCUUUUAAUGUCACAAUAAUUGAUAAUCAAUACUUACUUUUGAAUUUUUGAAAGGAUAUACAUGUAGUCAGUAAGACUAUGAUUAAGUUACAUCACACCUUAUGACAUAGUUCAGUAUACAUGUAUAUGUACCAUAUAUGUAGCAUAAAUAUGUUUGAUAAAGUUUUUCUAUUAUUUUGAGCCUGUGAAAUGCACAGUUAUUUGUACCUGAUAUUAAGUCUACAAGUACAGUUUACAGUUGUGUGCCUGUAUCAUUUUUCAAGCCCUUUGUAUUAGAGUUUGGUAGAGGUUGACCUUGUUACUGGAAAGAGAAGAACUGUAAUUUUCACAACAGCAUAACUUAAUGUAUAUCACAACAAGGUCACCCUCAGCCUCUAACCUUGUCAAAAUUUUUUUGCUAUUUAGCCCACAACUUUAGAUAGGGGACUUUUGUUAUUUAUAAAGAGGAUAAUUGGAAUUAAUGUUAACUUUGUUUUUCAUGGAAUACUUGCUUCUAAGAUUGCAUCACUUAAGAAGGAGAGAGAUUCACUAGUACAGAGAUUGCAACAAGAAGGUCCAAAUGAUGCCCAAAGAACAAGGGCUUUACAAAGAGAAAAUGCUCAGGUGUGCUUUGCAUUCUGCACAAUUGCUUUAUCUAAGAGUGAUUAUAUCAACUAAUCUCAUUGAUAAGAUUGUCCAUAUUAAACUUGUUUAUAUGUAUUCUGCAGCUUCACAUGAAGAUCAAAGGCCUCCUUAAGUGAACUGGAUGAAAUCAGAGCUCAGCGGGAAACAUCUGGUUUACAAUCUGACCAU